UUUUCAGCCUUAAUGAUUAUUCGCUGGGCUUCGACUCACUUAAAAGACGAACAAGACUAUUGCGCACUGGCGAUGACAUGCACGCACGACGGUGCGCCGGUGUACGGCAUCGCGCCGGACAACCGCACCGCACGCCUCUUUCUCGACACUUGCGACGUUCACGAAUAUAAUUGUGACCACAAAACGAAUUACAGGCCGUGCAUCGAACACCCAGUCACAGAAAUCUCAACUCGUGCAGUCAGAGAUUCGGACACAGAAGAAUUGUUGAAAAUGAAGUUGUCGACAUCGUCAAAUAGUCCAAACAAAAUAGCAACGAUAAAUGCCAAGCGUCGACGAAAAAAAAUACAGGGUUUCUCAUAA